AUGGCGGCAUUCGGUUUAUCACCUGAGUUAAAUUUCUUAGUUCCGACGGCAAAACGCCGGCUGAAAUACUGCCAGCUGCCUGUGCCUCUUUGUCCCACUGCAAUUGUGCAUCGCGCCACCUGGCGACAGCUGCCACCUCUCACCUCCCCCAGUGAAUUCGGCCAUCGUUCCCACCCAACUCAGCCAUUGCCACCACUCCCAGCCAUCGCUGCGCGGCAGCUGUUCACCGCCAUGGUCGCGCCAGUGGUGGACUACGCAUCCAGCGUCUGGAUGCACCAAUGCAAUUGGAAGACCGCGCCGGCCAUACACAGGGUGCAGAGGGUCGCGGCGCAAGGGAUCAUAGGAACGUUCAGCACGGUAGCAACACGCGUAGCAGAAGCAGAAGCUCACAUCCCCACGGCUCAAGAUCGAUUCUGGAAGAGGGCGAUCAAGAUGUGGACGGACAUUCACACCCUACCAGAGACGAAUCCACUCCGCAACACCACUUCCCGGAUGCGCAAGUUCCGGAGAUCCUACCGCUCCCCUUUCUUUCAAGUAGCAGAUCUCCUCAAGGACGUCCCAUUGGACAGCCUCGAAACCAUCGCUCCCGUCGUAUUAGCGCCAUGGGAGAGGCGAGUCCGCACUACGGUUGACAGAACGGGCAUCCAGCAAAAAGAGACAGAGUGGGCGGUCCGGAUCGCCGUAAGCAGCUCCGCACGAAACAACAUGGUCGGGAUCGGAGGAGUCGUCCGUCUCCCGCUGCCGAUGCGAGAUGGCUCAAGGAACGAAGCCUUUAGUGUGACGCUGGGCUCCAGGUCGGAGCAAAACCCGUUCUCAGGCGAGCUUGCGGCUAUUGGGUACGCGUUGAGGUUGAUUCGAAAUAUCAGGUACCGAAAGAUCAUCCUUGCCACCAGCAACAAGGCAGCCGUGAUGGCCUUGGAGCGACCACACCAGCAAUCAGGACAACAAUAUCUCUGUCAGGCGUACGAUGCGAUAAGUGCCUUACGCAAGGCGGGAAACACGAUCUCGGUCGUCUGGAUCCAAGCGGGUACCAAAAACGAGCUCCUGAACACAGCCAAAGCGAAAGCAAAGGAAGCAACACGGCAGGACGCUACGCCACAAACGCAGGAUCCUGCCAUGCGGUCAACAGCCCUCCGUAUCGCAUGGGCAAAGCGGGCACCGCCCACGUCCUUACCUGACAAAGUGGGCAGACAUUCCAAGAGAGUCGAUAUAGCGUUACCAGGGAAGCACACCCAACUAUUAUACGACCACCUGUCCCGAAGCGAGGCCGGCGUGCUUGCUCAGCUUAGAACAGGCAUGGCCAAGCUCAACACAUACCUGCAUCGCAUCAAAGCAGCACCGUCAGACCAGUGUACGUGUGGACAAGCCAGAGAGACAGUGAACCACUUCCUCUUCCGAUGCAAGCAAUGGGAUCAACACCGUAGGGAGAUGCUGCAAUGUACGGAUGUCCACAGGGGGAACCUCUCCUUCUACCUGGGAGGAAAGUCGCCCUCGGAUGACAAGGACUGGUCCCCCAACAUGCGGGCGGUGCGGGCGACGAUACGUUUUGCCAUUGCCACAGGUCGUCUGAGGACUGAACAACAACAGAAUGAAGCAAACUAA